AUGUCUCAAAUUUUGAACCAAACAAUAAACGAAUCUAAAAAACUCGAUGGGUUGGAUAAUUUAUUGAAUUCUCAUCAAAGAAGAAAACUGCUUGAAGCACGUGGAAGCAUAUCAUCAGUUGAUAGUGAUUUGUCCUUAUCUUUUGAUCGGAGACCUUCUAUAGAAAGUGUUGAAAUUUUGUUAUCAAAUCAAAAUAUAGAUUGUGAAGUUUCUAAUGAAGAAAAUAAUAGUGAAACAAAAGAAAAUGCAGAGAAAAUAAAUUCUUCUAAUAUACAAGAUAAUGACCUGGAACAACAAAUUAUACAACAAGUAGAAUUUUAUUUUUCAGAUGACAAUAUUUCAAAGGAUGCAUUUUUGUUGAAACAUAUUAAACGAAAUAAAGAAGGGUUUGUCUCGUUAAAAUUGGUUUCAAGUUUUAAACGAGUGAGAUAUUUAACAAAAGAUUGGAGGAUUGUUGCAAAUGCUCUAAAUAAAUCAGAUAAGCUGCAGUUUAAUGAAGCGAGAACCAAAAUCAAAAGAGUGGAGCCACUUCCAUUAUUUAUCGAAAAAGAAUAUACUAAAACCAUUAUAGUAGUUGAUAUACUUGUUCAAAUAGCAAAUAUUGAGCAUAUUGCUAAAGUUUUCUCUAAAUGUGGUAAUAUUAUGCUAAUACAGAUAUUGAAACCAAACAAUCCAAAACCUGUUACAACACAAGUGUUUUUCAGCAAAAAUCCAUGUUUUAAAAGCUCCAUUUGUGCAAUAGUAGAAUUUGAAGAAAUUGAUGGUAUGAAAAAAGCUAUUGAUUGUUGCAGUGACACUUUGCAGGUUUUUGAACUUGAAGCAAUGAAAACUAAACUAAAAAACAAAUCGAGAGAGUUGCAAGAAAAGUUUACAUUUUCAAAUGCUACAAGAUGCUGCAAGCUUAGAGAUUCUAGUUGCCCGUGCAGUCUGUGGCUUGAACGCAAAAUGAGUUCCUCUAGCUCAUCGACGAAUUCUAGUGGAAAAAAAUCUUUUGAACAAGAUAGUUUUUUAUUAUCUGGAGGAUUAAGAAGACAAUCUUGCAGUUCUUGCAGUACUUGCAGUUCUUGCUGCACCAGUAGAAGGUGCUCUGUUGAUUUCAAUGCAUCCACAUUUCGUGCAAGAUCUAAUAGCGAUGUGUUUAUUCAUGACCAUAUAUUGAGAAAUCCUAUGGGACCCAGUGGAAUGAAAGGCUUCUGUAAUAUUAAUCGUAGAACGUCUCUUCCUUACAGUUCAAAAUAUUAA